AUGAUUUAAUUGCAACUGAAAAGAUUAAUCAAAUCUUCAAGGAGUCAAGUAUCAAUAUAUCAAAUGUUAAGGAAUAGAAAAAUGAUAUUUAGCAAGAUGAUAAUCCAAUUUCAAAUCAUCUAUAGAUGAAGUAACUUAACUUAUAAUUACAACAUUUUAAAUUAUAUUAGGAUAUCUUGAAUGAAGCCUUAAAUAAGUAUAAUUUAAUCAUGCAAACAAUAAGUAGUUUGUCUAAUGAAUUCAAAGAUAUAUAAUUAUAGCAAGUACAACUCUAUUCGUAUUAAUAAGUUUAAACAAUAUGUAUCGAAUUUUGAGAAAGAUUUAUCUCUAAUGUAAAAAUUCACUUAGUUUGAUUAAAUUGAAGCUGAGUUGAAAUUGUAUAAGCAAUAAAAGGAAUUGCUAUAAAAUCAACUCACAGAAAGUGAAAAGAAUAAUUUAGGGAAUCAAUAAGUUAUUAAUGACUUUAAGAAAAAUGAUGCAGAAUAAAAAAAGUUAAUAUAAGAUUUAAAGAAAUAAAAUGAAGGUUAUUCAAUUAAAGUAAAAGAACUAGAAUAAUAAAGUAAAAUUUAAUUGUAUUCAAACUCUUAUAGAAACUUAAUGUGAAGUUAUUGUUAAGGAGAAGUAAGCAGAAUUGUAGAUUUGCUAACAAUAAAAUCAGAAGAAUAAUGAAAUGCUUAAAUAAUUAUAACAAACUUUGGUAUAAGUAAAGGCUUUAUUUGAAGUAGGAUUAGUAAUUCUCUUAAUCACUUACAUUCUCAACUACUUAUAAACAUAUUUAAGGUUCAGUAACUUAAAAUGGAAAAGUUAUUGAGAAUAGCUCUGGUGGUUAUUAUUGCUGUAUGUGUGAUUAAAUGAUCCCUAAGAAUGGUGUGAUCUAAUUUGCUAUCAAAAUUAUUGAAAUUGCUGACAUUAUGAUAGGAAUUGGUUUUAGGGAUAUUGUUUAGAGUAAGAGUUACAAUGAUUGUUAUAAUAUCGGAAGAGGGUAUAUUUAUGAUGUUAAUAGAAUCAAAAUAGAACAUAUAAUAUUUAAUUCAAUGGUUAUUGUUGGAAUCAUGAUUAAUCAGAUAAAAAUGGUAAAUAAAUAGCAUUUCCAUUUUCAACAAAUGAUAUUAUAAUCGUUGAAGUGGAUAUUCAAAAGAAGUACGUGAAAUGGACAAAAUCAUCCACAAAUCAAUCAUUUGUAUCAAUUUUUAUUUAUUAAUAGACUUUGAAUAUUGAUACAUCUAAAGAUUUGUAUCCAUGUGUACAUCUCUGGGGUAGAUGUAAAGUAGAAAUAUUAAAUAAAGUUUUCAAAUGA